AUGUUUGGCUUUUGCUUUGUGUUUCUACAAGUUAACUCUGAGUUUCACCCAGAGACAUCAAGAGACAAGUCAGUGGCUCAACUAUUUAAUCACAUGCUGAAACCUUACCGCAGUAUGUUAAGGAAUCCAAAACGUACGAUGACAGUUUUUGUUCCCACUGACGAAGCACUUUCCCGAUUGCCGCUGAAACAACAAAGUAUGCUUAAAAACAAUUGGACACUGCUGACAGAGAUAUUAUCUCGUCAUAUCAUUCCGGACGUUGAAUGGAGCCCAGAAAACCUGCGAGGUGAAAGAGUACAUUACAAUUUAAAAAAUUCAACUAUAAGAGCUCUGGGGUUUAAAAAUGGCGAAGAUACUUACGUUGAAGGUGGCGCGACUUGGGUGAAAAUCGUCCAGUCAGAUGUAGGUUGUAUAAACGGUGUGAUUCAUUUGAUAACCAAUUUCAUGUUCUAUAAGAACUUUACGUUAUGGGAAGCUAUAAGAGACAUGCCAAAACUAAGCCACGCGGCUGGUUAUAUUAGCAGAUACCCGGAGAUUCGGUCUUUACUAUCAAGAGCAGGUUCCACCCCACUUACCAUAUUCCUGCCAAAUGAUGAUUCUCUUUCAACAAUUCCUUCAAGAACAAAACAAAAAUUUGCUUUAAACCAAACAUUUUUAAACCAGGCCUUGCAGGGCCAUCUAGCGAUUGGUCAAGAAAUCAGUUCGGUAAACAUCACCAAUUCUUUUGAGGUUGUCACCCAACUUGGUGAAAUCCUGAAGUUGUGGAAGUCAAAUGGAGCAAUUUUCGUCAAAGGUGGCCAUAUUACAGCCCGGAUAAUAGUUUCAGAUAUUUGGUGUGUGAACGGGCUUCUGCAUAUCAUUGACAACUUACUCUACCUGCCAACACGGAACAUAUACGAAGAAAUAUCAAGAUUUGAUGAUCUUAGAUUAAAUGUUCUCAAAUGA